UUCAGGUUGAAGUUAAAGCAGGUUUUGGCCACAUGGAGUACUUUCAUGUGUUACGCAGUUUUAUUUCAAAGGAUUGAAUAAGACCACAUAAAGUAUAGACUGACAGAGACUGGAAGUUCAAGAGCUUGAAGCCAUCUGGUUAUUAAUUCAUUUUGAGCUGUCAGAUUUCCCUUAGUAUUCUCUGCUAUGUUUCGGUCCUGAAGGGCGCAGCUGGUGGCGUACAGGUCUGAAAGAAUGGCCUGCUCUGGUUCUGGUUGGACGAGGGCCCAGCUCUAAGAUGUCUGGCCCCUGGUACCUGUCUCAGUGAUGAAGAACACCUCCACCAUCUUCCUCCUCACUCUGUCCGUCUUGUGCAGAGCUGAGAGUGUGAGUGGGAAGACGGUGAAGGACACAGUGCAGGAAUGGAACAGGUAUCGGAACGAGUGCAUCUUGAAGAUAAGCUCACAACCCACACCUUCGGGUUUGUUUUGCAAAAGCAUGUUUGAUAUGUACGCUUGUUGGACAGAGGGAGUUCCCAACACAACGGUGAAAGUGCCGUGCCCCUGGUAUCUGCCUUGGUAUGAUCAAGUGCGUAAUGGGUUUGUGUCACGGGAAUGUGGUCCAGAUGGCCAGUGGCUCACUGUCAACCACAGCCGCACAUGGAGAGACCACUCACAAUGCAAUGCAGAUGGCAGCCAGCAGAUAGCACAGGAGAAUCAGAUGAUGAUCUUGGCCUAUUUCAGGGUGAUGUACACAGUUGGUUACUCUCUGUCCCUGGCCAGCCUGUCUUUAGCCCUCGUCAUACUUCUCAUAUUCAGGCGACUGCGUUGCACACGUAAUUACAUCCACACCAACCUGUUUGCCUCAUUUAUCCUGCGAGCUGUGUCCAUCCUCACGAGAGACGCGCUUCUCAUGAAAGACGCUCCAGAGUUCAGGGACAACAAAGAUGUUUCAAUCGUGCUGAGUGACGAGGUGAUGUCAGGCUGCCGUGUGGCUCAGGUCCUGAUGCAGUAUUGUGUUGGGGCCAACUACUAUUGGCUACUGGUAGAAGGUCUAUAUCUUCACAACCUGCUGGUGCUGAUGGUCUUCUCAGAGAACAGUUACUUCUGUGUGUACCUCUUCAUCGGCUGGGGAACGCCUGUGCUCUUUGUGGUGCCUUGGAUAGUUGUUCGUUACUUGUAUGAGAACACUAGGUGCUGGGAGAUCAACGAAAAUAUGGCAUAUUGGUGGAUCAUCCGAACGCCAAUCCUUUUGGCAAUUUUAGUGAACUUUUUCAUAUUUAUAAGGAUUAUUCAGAUCCUCAUCUCCAAAUUAAAAGCACAUCAGAUGAGAUAUACAGAUUAUAAAUUUAGGUUGGCCAAGUCGACACUGACCCUCAUUCCCCUGUUAGGGAUUCAUGAGGUGGUGUUUGCUGUGAUGACAGAAGAACAGACUGAGGGCGUACUUCGCAAUGUCAACCUGUUCUUUGAACUCUUCUUCAAUUCCUUUCAGGGUUUUCUGGUGGCCAUACUAUACUGCUUUGUCAAUAAAGAGGUACAGUCAGAAAUCAAAAAGAAAUGGCAGCGAUGGAGAUUGGGAAUAAGCAUUUUGGAUGACCAGCGUAAUACAGGUAGCAACACACAGCAGGGAGGUGCCAGUCCUCUGUGCCACCAUGACCCAACCUGCUCUCCAGAGUGCCCUCUGGACAGUGGCUGCCAACUGUGCUCAGACCCAACACCAACAGACGCCCACCUUCAACAACACUACCAUCCUGGAGCAAAGAAAGACAAGGCGUACUGCUACAUCUCUGCCCGAAAACAGGUUCUGAACGGGUUGGAUGUGCCAGCGUUACCCCAGUGUGCCGCAGAGGGCGAAACCAUGUUUUCCGAGAGCUACUGCUGAAUGAUGUGGACUGUGCU